UCCUCCUCCAUCUCCUCCUCCGCGCCCCGCCGGACGGUGACAGAUCGGCGGAGCCAGCCGCGAGCGCCGCCGCCGGGUUCCCUCCACCUCUGCCGGGGCCCGGGGGAGCAAUCGGUGCUGCCGCUGGCCAUGGUGGGCCCCCUGCCGCCGGGAGGGCAGGAGCAGGAGCAGGCGCGGCGGCGGCGGCCGCCAUUGCGCGCGGGGGCCGCGGGACUAUGAAGGAUGGAAGCGGACGAGGUGACGAUCCGCGAGCAGAACUUCCACAGCCAAGUGCGGGAGUACACGAUCUGCUUUCUCCUAUUUGCUGUUCUUUACAUAGUUUCCUACUUCAUAAUCACAAGAUACAAAAGGAAAGCAGAUGAGCAAGAGGAUGAAGAUGCCAUUGUUAACAGAAUAUCGCUGUUCUUGAGCACCUUCACUCUAGCAGUUUCAGCUGGUGCAGUCCUGCUUCUACCUUUCUCAAUAAUCAGCAAUGAGAUCCUGCUUUCUUUUCCACAAAACUACUAUAUUCAGUGGUUAAAUGGCUCACUAAUUCAUGGUUUAUGGAAUCUUGCUUCUCUUUUUUCAAACUUAUGUUUGUUUGUGUUGAUGCCAUUUGCCUUUUUCUUCCUGGAAUCAGAAGGUUUUGCUGGCUUAAAAAAGGGCAUCAGAGCACGCAUUUUGGAAACUCUUGUAAUGCUUAUUCUUCUUGGGCUGCUUAUCCUUGGAAUUGUAUGGGUGGCUUCAGCACUUAUAGACAAUGAUGCUGCCAGUAUGGAGUCUUUGUACGACCUCUGGGAAUUCUACCUCCCAUACUUAUAUUCCUGCAUAUCACUGAUGGGAUGUUUGUUACUUCUAUUAUGCACACCAGUGGGGCUUUCACGGAUGUUUACAGUAAUGGGUCAAUUGCUGGUGAAGCCAACAAUCCUUGAGGACUUAGAUGAGCAGAUGUAUAUCAUUACAUUAGAGGAGGAAGCAAUUCAGAGGAAGCUUAAUGGUGCGUCUUCCGCAGUGGAAUACCAGACAGCAGAGUUGGAACGGGAGCUUGAAAAAGUGAAAAGCAGGAAAACGAAUCUGGAAAGGCGGAAAAAAGCUUCUGCUUGGGAAAGGAAUUUGGUCUAUCCAGCUGUUAUGAUAUUGCUACUGAUUGAGACAUCCAUCUCAGUCCUCUUAGUUGCUCUCAACAUUCUCUACCUGUUGGUUGAUGAGACUGCAAUGCCAAAGGGAUCAGGGGGGCCUGGAAUAGGAAAUGCAUCCCUAUCCACUUUUGGUUUUGUGGGAGCGGCGCUUGAAAUCAUUUUAAUUUUCUAUCUUAUGGUGUCCUCUGUCGUCGGCUUCUACAGUCUUCGUUUCUUUGAAAAUUUCACUCCCAGGAAGGAUGACACAACUAUGACAAAGAUCAUUGGCAACUGUGUCUCAAUCUUGGUGCUGAGCUCUGCUUUACCAGUGAUGUCAAGGACCCUAGGAAUCACCAGAUUUGAUCUGCUUGGAGACUUUGGAAGGUUUAACUGGCUGGGCAACUUCUACAUUGUAUUAUCUUACAACUUGCUCUUUGCUAUCAUGACAACAUUAUGUCUGGUCAGAAAGUUCACUUCUGCUGUGCGAGAAGAGCUCCUGAAGGCGUUAGGAUUAGAUAAACUUCAUCUGUCAAACAAUCCAAGAGACUCGGAGACAAAGCCGUCUGCAAAUGGGCAUCAGAAAACACUGUGAUUAACAAUCACCUGCAGUCAAGAGCUGGAAACAUCAACCUCAUGGCAUUCCUGUCAUCUCAUCAGCAUUUUCAUAUGAAUUUUAUUAGUUGAUAGUUUGGGUCCAGCCUUGUCUCAUUUUUUCAUGCUGUGUGCUUCUGAGGAAGUUAGGUACAUCAGAUUCUGUUGUAUCCAGUGAACUUUUGUUCUACUUGCUCAUUUCCCAGUAAGUUAAUGCAGGAGGUGCCUUGGAAGACUGGAAGCUGAAGAGAACAACUCAUUCCUUUUCAUUUGUCGACAAUCUCACAUCUUUAGACAUAAGCCUGUUACCAUUUGAAUGCGCAGUACCUCCUGUGUUACAGACACAGCUGUAAAGAGUAACUUUGGGACUUGGUUAAAAAAAUGUUAAAAAACAAAAAAAAGGGAAAAACCAAAAGGAAGAAAAAAACCCAAGAAACCAACCAAGAUACACUUGAAGUCCAAUAUGACCCUUGCUGGAAAUGUAAACUACCUGAAGUAGGCAGCCUUGAAAGUAGAUAAACACUUCCACUAAGAACAUGUUAAAAAUGACAGUCACUAGUAGGCAUCACAGUCCCUCUCAUGCUGACUGCAGUGGGCUGCUCACAGUCUAGUGUCAUGGAGGCCGAAGGCCAGUGUCUUCAGCUUUCUGUUCAUAGCUGUAAAUGCCAGGUUGCUUUACUGGUAGUCAGACAAUGUCUUACUGAAUAGAAUGAAGUGCAAGAUGAAGAUUAACUUCAGUGUUGAAUCUGAGCCUAGUAUGCUUUGUAAAAAGCUGUGUAGACCCCCUGUCACAGCUCUUACAGUUCUGUAAGCUAUUGUGUCAUGGAGGUCAUUUACCCUACCAAGUACAUCCCUGUAAAAUUUCUUGAUGAACUACUGUGUAUAAGCAGUACUUGUAAUCAAUGCAAGUAGCACAGGCCUAGGAGGCUGCAGUUGCAGUUUUUUACAAUCUUCUUUAAUUUGAAGUAAGUUAUUUCUCUGGAUUUAUACAAUAGUUACCAGGAUUUCUGUUCAGUGGCAUAAUGCAGUAUCUUUCACUAGCCUGUUUUUAAUGUACACAUGACCAUGUAUAUAGACCUAUAUGUGUAGAUAGCAAAUUCUAAGCUUAUAGAGAUGACAUAGAUGGCUUGGUAAGUAAAACUUGUGUGUUCAGUCAUGGCAGAAUGAACUUCUGUGGCGUUACAGUUGGACUGCUCAGAGGCCUUAGAUUCAGGAUGGCAUUGGUGGGUGGUAGCAUCCCUUUUCUUAGCAUUACUGCAGCUUUUGGAAUCCUUUAAGCAGUUUAGAGUCCAGAAAAAACCCACCAACCAAACCUCAAGUAAGUAUUCAAAAUCUGGUUGCACUUUUGUCCUGCUCUGCCACAAGUAAUCUUCAAACAGAUUGGAAAGUGUGUGCUUGUAGUGUAGUGAGGCAGAUAACACUGCUGUUUAUUUCCCAUUUCUAUAAAACAAGUAUGUCUCUGCAGUUUGAGGUCUGAUAAGUGAUGGAGCAGUGACAACUGGUUCUCCAAUGUGGUUCUGAAAUAAGACGAAUCUUGUGUCAGAAGCUGUUUGGCUGUUCUCCCAAGAUGGCUGCUCUAGGCUGUAGACCUUAUUGCUCUCUGUGUGUGUGUGAAUGUGAGCCUUUUUUUUUUGUCUAGAGUGUUUCAAAUAUCAAGCUCUAGUAUAAAUGAGGAUUUAUAAUUAUUUUUUUCCUUGCAGCUGCCUUUUCUCACUUGAACUGGGGCAUAAUGUAAAUACUGCUGUAGAGUUGUUUUUCAUGUGUGUGAUCAGUGUAAACUCAAGGCUUAUUAAAGUGACUAUUGAUGUGUUGUACUGAGUCUUGGAAGACAAAGUAAAGUUGCUUGGUUUGAUUCAGAUUUGCAAGCAUCUUUUCUGUUGUUUGAAUUUAAGGCUGGCAUUUUAGGGAGAAAUCUUUUUCUGACUCAAAAGUUCUGCAACCAAAACCAGGGAGCUCUAAUUAAAAGUUGUUUUCAAAUGUGUUUACAUUUUAAUUACCAAGAGAUUUAUUAGUAAUGGCAUUUUUCAGGUAUUCUCUAAGCUUGUAGCCUUAUGUAUUAGUAUUAUAGUUAAAAAUAACUGAAAUGUAUCCACUUGUCCAUGCAAGUGAUUGUGUGACCAAAAUUGUCCUCAUGUCUUAAUGGGGCUGGUCAGCUGUGGUGUGUGAAGCUAGUUAGCUUUAUUAAAAUAUUUCUAUUGUAACUUAAAGACAGUUAUAUAAAAUACACUCUAUGAAACUGAAGUAAUUAAUGUAAGGAAUGAAUCUAAGGGGAGCGAACCAACAUAAAUCUUGCUCUUCGUGCUUUUGGAGAGAUGCUUGACCUGGCAUCAGUGACCCAAGAACACAGAAGACAGGAUUAUAAUGUGUGUAUGGUUUCUGAAAGUGAGUUGGGCAGUUGCUUAAAUUGAGCAGAGAUAGUUCCUGCUGGCAAGCACAGAAGUGGCAGGGAAGACGUUAAAACUCUUUCAAAGCAAAUGUUACAGCCUUUCCUGUUCCCACCCCAUCUGCAGAACCCAGAGAUGCAUGGGUUAAGGCUAUGUUAGUGAAGAUUUUACACUGAAGUAUGGAAGGUGGUUAAGUUGCUGCAUGGUUUCCAAGGUGGAUGAGAAAUUCAGAACUACCCUGUGCAACUACUGACAGUGUUUUGUUGUGAAAACAGAUGUUUAUAUUGUGACACUGUCCACAUUAAAAUAUGCCUUUGGCCUUGAAAAAUCACAAGCUUAUGCAAAACUUCUUUACAGAUACAGUGCUACAAAUAUACUAUAUGUAAGAUAGAGGUCACUAUGUACUUUUCACAGAAGCAUAUGGUCACUUAAAUAGAAGCUACUGGUAAUUCAUUACUGGAUGUUGACGAUACAUUCCUCGUAUUUUUGACUCAUGUAGAGUCAGGUGGUCUAUACCUUCAAGGUAUAUACAGCUGAUCUUAGUAACAUUAACAUCUGCCUCGCUUCUUAGGAGGCAAAAAGCACAUAAAUACGUCCAUCUUCAAUUAGAUACCACACAAGACCAAAAAAUAGAUGUAAAAUAGGUGUUUUAAGUGAGCCAUUUCUUGGCUUUAUUCUGUGUCAGUAGCACAAUACUAGAUGCAGUGGCAGAACUGUAGUGUGGGGUUUCUAAGCAUAAAGCACACGUACAUACCACUUUAAGCUGAAAAAUAAUAGUUCCUGUACAAGUAACAAUAUUUUUGCAUCUGUAGGAAGCUAUUUACUGUCUGUAAUGUGAUGUUUAUCUCUGGUCCCGUUCCUCCAAUACCUUUUACCUUGUUGUCUGUUUUAGUGUCAUAGAAAUUAAAGGAUGUGACAAGUUGUUUUCCUUGUCUGGUUCCAAAGUACCACCUGAGUACUGCAGGGGCAUGGCUGUUGGUGCAGUGAGAGUCUGGGCAGCCCAGGAGCUCGUGCAGCUAUGUGCUUAGUGAAAUACACCUGUGAGUGUGACACUUGCCAGGAUGUCACCAGUAGUGACAAGUGCAUAGGGGGAUGCAGCCCUCCUUUGUCCCACCAGGUAUCUCCUGCUUGCCCAUGUGCCUCUGCAACUGUUGAUGCUACUUUAGGUGCUCGCCUGUGCCCACUCCUGUGUGGUAAAGACAAGAUGGCUCUUUUCUUAAAGAAUUCACAAACUGUAUUAGGAAGGAAUAAGCCAGAAACAGAGCAGUUGACUUCAUGCAUGUGACUUCCCUUGAAUUUUGUAAGAAUGCUCUAGGUUGUUUUCUUUUCACUUUCUUUUCCUCCUCUUCCAGAAGUGGGAUGGGCUUCAGUGGUGUACAUACAGCAGCUGAGAGUUACACUUAGUGGACUAACACCUACGAUUUUGAAAUGCCCAGUACAGGAAUACAGCUAAAUCCUGUUGUCUUACAUCUUAUCUGGUUUUUAAAAUAGCACUUUAAAAAAAAUCUAGGUAAAGUAACAUAAGCAGAGACAGUACAGUAGGAAGGCCUUGUUAAUAACCUCUUUUGAAAGAUGUGCUUAGUUUUGCUUAAAGUGUUGAUGUGAACUAUGAACCUUUAAAUAUUUUAAGGAAGUAAGAUCCCCUACCCCCUGAUGUUAGUAUUUUUGUUGUUACUUUAGUGCUGACUUGUGACAAUAUUGCAUACAUCAACUUCCCUCCCCAGCCUGGGCAUUUCAGGAGCUGAAAUCAUGACCUUUUGAAUAUUGAAUUUACCAUUGGUAAACUAGCAAGUCCUUUGUCACAUUAUCAGCAUUGGAACUCUACAAAAAUACUGCUUUUGAAUUCAUCCCAUUUAGGGAUAGCACUCUAAGCUGACAGCUGUCACCCAGAUGGGGGUAAUGCCUGCCACAUCUUUCUGCCUUGCCCAGUGUGCUCAUCUCCAGCAAGCAGGCUCUGACACUCAUUAGAAGUUUUGAUGCUGCUUUUCUGUUCAAGGUGUGCAGUUUGUCAGUCUGCUUUGUCUGGGACAGGGUUUCCAGGUGAUACCCAUGCCUGUUCUUGAGCAGUAGCUUAUCACUUUCAGCUCUGUUCUGUUGAGACUAAGUCAUUCAGGUUGUUCUAGUUGUUUCUGUGCAGACAACUGUGCUGGAAUAGCUUCUUGCUGUCUCAAGAAUGCUGCCUGGUUCUUAGUAGAACCAUGACCCCCCAGGACAACAUCCAGAGAGGAUCUCCUACAAAUUUCAUGUUGCCAAUUAAAGCCCAACAAUAUUGGUCAGGAUCUUAGGAAGGAGAAAAUGUCUUCUGGGGAAUUAAUACUAAAUGUGACUUCAGCAUCCCCCUAUUUAAAACUGUGUGCAUAUGAAGGCCUCACAUAACAUAGAAACUAGAAAAUCUCAAUUCUUAAAGGCUUUAGGUAUCUGACUGCUCAUUUGUACCUAUGCAAGCACUUUGGGAUACUGCUUCUAAAUGUUUGUUGUAUAUGAACUUCAAGUGUUGCUGUUGCUUUCACACCUGUCCCUCAUCCCCCCAUUACAUGUAGUUUUAUAGUCAGCAUCACUGGAUGAAGCUCCUUUCAUGACCAGUGCUUUGUUUUGCUUUCCUCAUCUUCAGUACUUCUGUAGAUACCAGCUACUGAAAUAUCAGGGCACUGGCUUUGAUUUUAAUGUAUUUAUUUUCUCACAUCAUCUGUGCAGAGACAUUCCCUGGUUAGAAAUGUUCUUCCACUGUGAAAAUGUUAGUAUUUAUUCCUUCAUUUGUACUUAAUCUUCUUUUUAGCACUAGAUUAAUUGAAACAAUCCUGCCUGUAGAAUGGGGCUUCUGGUGAAUUACCAAGACCCAAUGUAAAUUUGGGGUGAGAUGAAAAUGGUUUAGUCAUUGCAUGUAGAUAUUUUUAACUUUCAGUAGUGUGAGGAGACUGUCCCACUUCUCACUGAGAGAGCAGUGUGCUCAUCCAGCCAGUCUGAGGAGUUGGGUGACUGUGUGUGGAACCACUUGUCAGGUCCCUUCCUUGUAGUGUGCAGACUACCUGCAGCUCCCACUGGGCCUUGCAGCCUUACAUGGCUGGAGAUGGAGACACAGCAUUGUGGUAUCAGUUGUCUGUGACUCUUUCAUCUUUCAAUCAAAGUCAGACUUUGCAUGGUGCCACAGUGAGACUCCAUGUGUUUUCUGUACCUUGUGUAUGAGCAUGUUUUGAACCUUCUCUCUCCAUAGCAAAUGAUCACUCAGCCAGCCAUGCCAGUGGUACUGGUAUUGUGAAUACGAUGGAUGUGUUUAAAUGCUUUAGGAGAAAAUUAACUGGUGCAUGACUUCUGUUUUCCCUUAACCAUAAGCUUUCCCAGUCUGGACCAAAACACUUCAAUUCACAAAAUCUGUACAAGUAACUUCCUCCUGGCUAGCUUUAUAGAACAAAAAGUUGAGCCACUUUUUUAAAGGUUGUUUUCAAAGUAUUUUGAUCUUGUUUGGCCUGACUUCUGUUGCUUUAAAAACAAAUGGAUAGAAAACAAAGACAGGUUUGGGUUGUUGAUUUGAAAUCUGAACAUGUAUUUGUACACAAAGUAUGGCAGGGUUUCCUUUUGGGAUUAGGAACCUGACCCAGUGUUACCUAAAUAGACAACACCCAUUGCUCUCACUUUGUCUCUGCAGUUCUCACUGAGGAGUUAGAGUUUUCUCAGUGCUGCUGGCCAUCUCGUCACAGGAUCAGCUUCACAUAGGCUUUGGUGACAUGAUUGUAAAAAUACAGCUCUGAACUAGUGUGCCUAUGGAUGUUGCUGCUGGUGGUGCUGUAACAGUGGCAGCAGGUGUCUUCUGUCAUGUGCUUUCAGGUUCUCCUACUGGUUAAGAUUUCAGUUUACAAAAAAAA